CGUGCUGGGGGGACUCCACUCGGGGACAUGGAGGCCCAGAGGAACAGCCUGUGCGGGGGGCGCUGGCCGCUGCUGCUGCUGCUGCUGGGCCUGGCCAUGCCCUGGCCUCCGGCCGCCGCCCGGGCCCUGAGCUACCAGGAGGCAGUGGGCCUGGCUGUGCAGGGCUUCAACCAGCGCUCCCGGGAGGCCAGCCUCUACCGCCUCCUGCAGCAGGACCCGCAGCCCCAGGGCGACCUGAACCCAGACACCCCGAAGCCGGUGAGCUUCACCCUGAAGGAGACCGUGUGCCCCAGGACCACGCGGCAGCCCCCCGAGCAGUGUGACUUCAAGGAGAACGGGCUGGUGAAGGCGUGCGCGGGGACCGUCACCCUGGACCAGGACACCGGCUCCUAUGACGUUGUCUGCGAGGGGGUGAGCGGCCCCUUCUGAGACCUGGGGGCCGAGGGGUGU